UAUGAUAGGUUUCAAUAAAGAAAUGAUGCUGGUGGCUUGAGGCUUUGAAUUGGACCUGGUCCCUCUGUUUUCUUUUCUUGGGUUGUUCAAAUAGGGACGCUUUGUAAGAAACUUUCUUAUUAAUUUACCUUUUCUGUUUACUCUGUUUCUCAACUACUUUCCCCAGCCUCUGUGUUCUUCAUAGACACUACUUUUUUUUCCCUUUCCCUUUUUUUUUUGGUCAACGUUAUCAGUGGUCUGUUUAGUUCCAUAUUGUCUGCUAAGGAUUUGCACAGCCAGCAACAUGGCUGCUGCUGAUCCAUACCAUCUAAGAAGAGCACCCACAAUUCACCACUAUAGUAACUCGAGGGAGGAUCUUGAUAGUGAAAUUGGCAGUGUAGAAUUUGUAACGUAUACAGUCCACAUACCGCCCACACCUGAUAACCAACCAGUGGAAAUCCCUGCAGAGAAUGAAAAGAAGAUGGAGAGGAGUUUCACGUCGAAUUCUAUGUUUACAGGUGGGCAUAAUUGCGCUACUCGUGCGCAUAUGAAAGAAAAAACGAUCGAGUCCCAAACAAGCCAUCCUCGAGUGGCAGGUGCAAACGGGUCGUUUUGUGCGGUGCCAGGCUGUGAUGCUCAGGUCAUUGCUGAUAAACGUGGCGUUGAUUUAGUACCUUGUGAAUGUGAAUACAAGAUUUGUUGGGAUUGUUGUAAGGAUGUCCUGGCUACUGGUGACGGGAUAUGCCCUGGUUGCAAAGAACCUUAUAGGAGUCAUGAUGUGCCCGAGUUGCAUAGCAGGAGGUUAUCUUUCGGUAAAUCCAGUAAAGCCUUGGCCAAGAGCCAGAGUGGUGAACUUGAUUAUUCCCAAUAUUUAUUCGAGUCAAUGACGAAUUAUGGGUACGGAAAUGCUUUGUGCCCAACUGAUGGUGUGAAGGGCAAUGAUGAGGGUACUAGUGGUGGUGUCCAGAAAUCUUUUGUUGAGAAACAAUGGAAACCCCUUACCCGUGAAUUGAAAAUAUCUGCUAAAGUUAUUGCUCCAUAUCGGCUUGUAAUCCCUAUCCGAAUAAUUGUUCUUGCAUUAUUCCUGCGUUGGAGGGUCUCAAAUCCUAAUGAAGAUGCAAGAUGGUUGUGGGGCAUGUCUACAGUUUGUGAAAUCUGGUUUGCUUUUUCUUGGCUACUUGACCAGCUCCCGAAGCUUUGUCCAAUUAACCGUGUUACUGACCUUGAUGUUCUGAAGGAGAAGUUCGAAACUCCUAGUCCAAGUAAUCCAACAGGAAAAUCUGACCUUCCUGGCAUAGAUAUCUUUGUUUCUACUGCAGAUUCAGAGAAAGAACCACCCCUUGUUACUGCAAACACCAUUCUGUCUAUUCUUGCAGCUGACUACCCAGUUGAGAAGCUCUCGUGUUAUGUUUCAGAUGAUGGAGGUGCUUUGCUAACUUUUGAAGCCAUGGCAGAGGCUGCUAGUUUUGCCAGCUUGUGGGUUCCAUUUUGUAGGAAACAUGAAAUUGAGCCUAGAAACCCAGAAUCUUAUUUCAAUAUGAGAAGAGAUCCUUACAAGAAUAAAAUCCGCCCAGAUUUUGUUAGAGAUAGAAGGCGGGCAAAACGUGAGUAUGAUGAAUUCAAGGUUCGAAUUAACGGCCUUUCUGAUUCAAUUCGCCGCCGAUCUGAUGCCUAUAAUACUCAAGAAGAGCUAAAGGCAAUGAAAAGAUGGAAAGAGAAAGUAGAUGACGAACCAAUGGAUAGAUUGAAGAUCCCAAAGGCUACCUGGAUGGCUGAUGGAACCCAUUGGCCUGGCACCUGGACAGUUCCAGCACCUGAGCAUACUAGGGGUGAUCAUGCCAGCAUCUUACAGGUAAUGUUGCAGCCUCCUAGUGAUGAACCACUAAAAGGAAUAGCAGGGGAUAGCAAAUCCAUGAACCUAUCUGAAGUGGAUAUUCGCCUUCCUGUGUUGGUUUAUGUUUCUCGUGAAAAGCGACCUGGUUAUGAUCACAACAAGAAGGCUGGGGCGAUGAAUGCACUGGUUCGAGCCUCCGCUGUUAUGUCUAAUGGACCUUUCAUUCUUAACCUUGACUGUGACCACUACAUAUACAACUACCAGGCAUUGAGAGAUGGCAUAUGCUUCAUGAUGGACCGGGGUGGGGAAGGCAUUUGUUAUGUUCAGUUUCCUCAGAGGUUUGAAGGAAUUGAUCCAUCUGACCGCUAUGCCAAUCACAACACUGUUUUCUUUGAUGUCAACAUGCGGGCCCUUGAUGGGAUACAAGGUCCAGUAUAUGUUGGAACAGGAUGCCUCUUUCGUCGGACUGCCUUCUAUGACUUCGAUCCUCCAAGGUAUGAAGAUCAUGGCAGCUGCUUCUUCGGCCGUCACAAGAAGGCUGCCGUUGCUUCUGCCCCAGAAAUCAGCCAAUCUUAUGGAAUGGAAGAUGCAGAGAAUCAGGAAAUCAACGCUCCUCUUAUUCCUAGAAAGUUUGGAAAUUCAAGUUUGUUUCUUGAUUCGGUAAGGGUGGCAGCAUUUCAAGGUCUUCCCCUCGCAGACAAUUCACAUGUCAAAUACGGACGACCUCCUGGUGCUCUAACUGGUCCUAGGCCCCUACAUCUAGCCACAAUUGCUGAGGCAGUGAAUGUCAUCUCAUGCUGGUAUGAAGAUAAAACUGAAUGGGGCCAAUCCGUAGGGUGGAUUUAUGGAUCUGUAACUGAGGAUGUUGUCACUGGGUAUAGGAUGCAUGGACGAGGAUGGAGAUCGGUUUAUUGUGUGACUGAGAGGGAUGCAUUCCGUGGGACUGCCCCUAUUAACCUUACUGAUCGACUUCAUCAGGUUCUCCGGUGGGCGACUGGCUCUGUUGAGAUAUUCUUUUCUCGCAACAACGCCCUUCUGGGUGGCCCUAGGUUGAAGCUCCUGCAGAGGAUUGCCUACCUCAAUGUUGGAAUUUACCCUUUCACUUCUAUAUUCCUCGUUGUUUACUGCUUCAUUCCCGCAUUUUCACUCUUCACCAAUCAGUUCAUCGUUGCGUCUCUAACUGUCACAUUCCUAGUAUACCUCUUUAUCAUCAGCGUUACCCUUUGCAUUCUUGCUGUGCUUGAGAUCAACUGGUCUGGAAUUGAACUGGAGGAGUGGUGGAGGAAUGAGCAGUUCUGGUUAAUUGGAGGCACAAGUGCGCAUCUUGCUGCCGUGCUCCAGGGGCUACUGAAGGUGAUUGCAGGGAUUGAGAUUUCAUUCACACUGACAUCUAAAUCAGCUGGAGAUGAUGCUGACGAUGAGUUUUCUGAUCUCUAUCUAUUCAAAUGGACAUCUCUUAUGAUACUACCUUGCACAAUCAUUAUGACUAACUUCAUUGCAAUUGCAGUCGGUGUUUCCCGAACUAUAUAUAGCGAAGCACCUCAGUGGAGCAACUUACUUGGAGGUGUGUUCUUCAGCUUCUGGGUCCUGGCUCAUUUCUACCCCUUUGUAAAAGGGCUUAUGGGAAGACGUGGGAAGACACCCACCAUCAUAUACGUUUGGUCGGCUCUCCUUUCGAUUUGUAUUUCAUUACUUUGGGUUGCUAUUGACCCUCCAUCAGGAAAUAAUCAAAUCGGGGGACUAUUCCAGCUCCCAUGAGUUUCUUUUUUCUGCCAUCUCUAAUGUGGGUUGCAUACAGAUUUCAUCAUGGACUUUUUGUUGAUCGCUAGCAUAGUUUUGAUGUUCAUACAGGGUGUGGAUUGUUUAUACAGUAAUACAUUCAUUCUUUACAGAUUUUCAGAUGUAACUUCAGAAACUGUUGUGAUUAAUACCUUGCCCUUCAAUGAUUUAAAACUUGCAUUCUUUACGUUUCUU